UCGACACUCUCCCCUCUCCCGCAGCUCAAUCGGUCGCGGAUUGAGCAUUAUGUCUUCUCAGCGAGUAUUCCAACUCGGCCUGCGACGGGCGGCAGCCCCCCGCUUCAGAGUCCAGUCCGCGGGGCGCAUGAUGCAGCGGAGGUGGGCGGCUACCGAACACGUUAACGAGCAAGGCGCGCAAGACAUACUCGCAAAACAGCGCCUCCAGCGUCCCGUCUCCCCGCAUCUCUCCAUCUACAAACCCCAGAUCACCUGGUAUGCCUCGUCGCUGAACCGUAUCACCGGCGUUAUGCUCAGCGGCGGCCUCUACCUCUUCGGCAUUGCGUACCUCGCUGCCCCAACGCUCGGCUGGCAUCUCGAAACACCGUCCAUGGUCGCGGCCGUGGCGGCGUGGCCUGUGUGGGCUAAGGUUACCGCGAAGUCUGUGGCCGCGUUUCCUUUCUUCUUCCACGCCUUGAAUGGUAUUAGGCAUUUGACAUGGGAUGUUGGGCUAGGAUUCAAGAACAAGACGGUUGUGCAGACGGGUUGGACCGCGGUAGGAUUGACAAUGGUUUGCUCGGCGUACUAUAUCUUCUUCGGUUGAGCAGCUGGAGCCGGAGGAAGGAGUGAAGCACAAGGCAGGAGGUUAAAGGGAUUGCGGGGAACCAGG